AUGCAUCGUUGCCUCACGGAUUGUACAAUCACAUUGAGCUUUGAUCAAGUUUUGAAUAUACCAUCAAAAUAUAAACAUGUAGAUUCGUAUAUUUGCGAUUUCGAAAUGAGUAUUUGCCAUUCGAAUAGAUCAAUAACAAUUGAUUUUAACUCUAAAAUUGAUUCAAAACACGUAGGUCCGUUUGAAGGUCACUAUAUUCAAGAUGGAAAAUUUUUGGAAGUAAAAGAUAAAUACGUUGUUGAAACAAUCUAUUAUAGAUGUUAUUCGGAUGACGUUUGUAAUUAUGAAUAUGCUGUAAAAACAAUUGAUGAAAGGAAGAAACACAAAUAUGAUGAUGUACAAAUGUGA